AUGGCGAGACUUACCCUAAGACCCGACAAUCAUUUCUUCUCUUCUCCCGUAGAGGCAUAUAAACAACCUCUACACUCCGUCACCACCACCACCACUCGUUUCUUCCCGCACCAUCACUACCGCAAUCCUCUCAAAUCAAGGGUUAAGUGCUCCGCCAGAGGUACAGAGCGACUCAGAGAGAGCAAGAAGCUUCCGAAAACCCCUAUCGAAGAAGAGUCUCCUCCUCAGCUUCCCGAUUCAGGUUCCGAUUUGGAAGUUCUGAGCACGGAAACGGGUUCCGGACAGAAUUGGCCUCCAUGGAAAAACGUACCGGAGAGAUAUAAGCUCAUCGGCGCUACUUCCCUCGCCUUUGUUAUCUGCAAUAUGGACAAGGUGAACUUGAGUAUUGCUAUAAUACCAAUGUCACACCAGUUUGGAUGGAGCUCGUCUGUGGCCGGUUUGGUUCAGUCAUCAUUCUUUUGGGGUUAUGCUUUGAGCCAGUUGCCUGGAGGUUGGCUUUCCAAGAUUUUUGGCGGCAGAAGAGUGCUCGAGAUUGGUGUGUUUACAUGGUCUUUCGCUACAGCUCUUGUUCCAGUACUCGCUGGAUUUAUGCCCGGUUUAAUCUUUUCUCGAAUUUUGGUGGGAAUUGGAGAAGGUGUUUCCCCAUCGGCUGCAACGGACCUUAUAGCCAGGACAAUACCUGUUGGGGAGCGCUCAAGAGCGGUAGGCUUUGUGUUUGGAGGAUUGAGUUUGGGAAGUGUUUUGGGGCUUCUCUUGGCUCCUCCCAUUAUCCAAAGCUUUAAUUGGGAAUCUGUCUUUUACCUAUUUGGUCUCCUUGGUGUGGGUUGGUUCAUCGGGUUUCAGUUUCUUAAUGCAGAAGAAGUUUCAUAUAGAGGUGAUGGGACCACCACAACUUCGCAUAAACCAGAAAAAGCUACACGGGAAGAACUGGGGAACUCAUUGAAGGAGAUUCCAUGGAAGUCGUUUUUCCAAAGCUCAGCUGUUUGGGCAAUGAUAUACACUCACUUUUGUGGAAGUUGGGGUCAUUAUACGUGUUUAUCUUGGCUACCAACUUAUUUCAGUGAGGCGCUGGAUCUAAAUUUGAGAGAUGCUGCUUGGGUUUCCAUCCUUCCUCCACUGGCUUCGAUUUUCGUGACAAGUCUUGCUUCACAAUUCGCUGACUACUUAAUUUCAAAUGGAGUUGCGACUACCACGGUUCGAAAGAUUUGUCAAACGAUUGCAUUCUUGGCACCUGCGGUCUGCAUGACACUUUCAUCUGUUGACAUUGGAUUGCCACCAUGGGAAAUUGCAGGAAUCUUGACAGCAGGCUUGGCCCUAUCAAGUUUUGCUUUAUCUGGACUUUAUUGUAGUCAUCAAGACAUCUCACCCGAAUAUGCAAGCAUACUUCUGGGGAUCACAAACACAGUGGGGGCAGUACCUGGAAUUAUAGGUGUGGCCUUAACUGGUUUUCUCCUUGACUCGACCCAUUCAUGGACUAUGUCUCUCUUCGCGCCAUCAAUAUUCUUCUACUUGACCGGAACGGUUGUAUGGUUGGCAUUUGCAAGCAGUGAGCCUCAGACGUUCACCAAGGAUGACUCAUGA